GUGAAACCUGGUUAAGUGGGACCUGGAUAAGUGAGAAACCUCUAUUAUUAAGAGUUGCAAUGAGGUCCCGGUUCUUUUUCAUUAAAUUACCUCUGUUAAUGGGACUUUUUGAAACUGGUUAAAUGAGAUUUGGAUUCUAAGACUUUUUCGAUGUUUACCUCUAUAAUUGAGAUUGUGUAGCUCAAUUAUCUGUAUAAGUGAGACAAAUUAAUCAGGUCUGAACACGUUUUGACAUGUUUGUUUACAAACAUUUCGCAUCGUCUUCCGCGCAUGCUUUGUUUAUCAGUACUAUCUCAGGUUUUGAUCUUAAAACAAGGAAAUAAAAGUGUACAAAAUGUCUAAACGUAAAUAUAAAACGUUAUCAGUAUCUGAAAAAUUAAAACUUCUAUCAGAUUAUGAUUGUGGAAAGUCGCGUGAUGAACUGUGUAGGGAGAAUAACAUACCAAAGUCAACCCUGUGUAGAAUUAUUCAAAAUAACGAGAAAAUUCGGUCUCAGUGUAUUGAUGGAAAAGGAAAACUCAAACGAAUACGAGCCGCAGAGUAUCCUGAACUUGAAAAGUGUCUCUGUACAUGGAUAAAGCAGGUACGGAAUAAUAACAUUCCAAUAAGCGGACCAAUGAUUAAAGAGAAAGCUGAAGAAUUUGCAAAAAAGCUCCAUUUUGAUAAUUUUUCUGGCAGUAAUGGGUGGUUGGAAGGAUUUAAGAAAAGAAACAAUAUCACAUUCAAAAAUGUUUGUGGCGAGAGCAAUUCUGUGGACAAUAACGAAUGUAAUGAGUGGAUUAAAAACCUUCCAGCUUUAUUACACGAUUAUUCCCCCGAUGACGUAUUCAACGCCGAUGAAGCGGGCUUAUUCUACAAGUGUCUUCCGGAUAAAACAUUUACGUUCAAAGGUCAGCCUUGCCAUGGUGGUAAAUUGAGUAAAGAUCGGGUCACAGUACUUGUAAGUGCAAAUAUGUCUGGGACUGAAAAACUGCCACUUCUUUUAAUUGGAAAAUCUAAGAGCCCAAGAUGCUUCAAGGGUAUUAAAAUGUUGCCUGUUAAUUAUAAAAACAAUAAAAAGGCCUGGAUGACUUCUGAAUUAUUUGCAGAUUGGUUAAAAAAAGUGAACGCCGAUAUGAGGGCCCAAAAACGAAAGAUCAUUAUGUUUGUUGACAACUGCACAGCUCACAACAAUAUGCCCAAAUUAGACUAUGUUACAUUAUUGUACUUACUCGCCAAUACCACAAGUAAAUUACAGCCCAUGGAUCAGGGUAUUAUCAACAACUUUAAGGUUUACUACAGGAAGGAAGUUGUUCAGUAUGUUCUUAAAUCUAUAGAAGAGGAUAAAAGCCCAGAAAUUAACAUCCUCCAGGCCAUGAGAUUUGCGAGAAAAGCUUGGUUUUCUGUUAGCAAAACUACAAUUAGUAAUUGCUUCAAAAAAGCUGGAUUCAAAGUCACGAAUGUAUCUGAACCUGAGAGCCUACAAGAGGAGCCAGAGAUCUGUGAAACUUUUCCAGAAUGGGAUAAAUUAUUUACUGAAUGUAGGAAUGAGCAACAGGCGACUUUUCAGGAUUUCGUUUCUAUGGAUAAUAAUGUACUCAUUUCAGAGGAGCUCAAUGAUGAUGACAUAGUUGCUAUGUAUUCUUCUUUGGACACAGAAGAAGAAGAAGAGGAAGAAGACUGUGAAGAGACUCCAGUGAAAAUUUCAAAGUGUGAGGCAAUGGAAGCUUUAGAAACUUUACACAAGUGUAGGAGGUUGGGUGGAGGCUUGCCUAGUUAUCGAGGCGAGGGAGGCACACACGAUCUCAGUAAAAAUAUUCACACAUGGACUAUGACACAUCGAGGAAAGAGCACAAAUGCUCUUUGUCAUCAUAUCAAUAACACAAUCAAAAACAUCGAAAGGAGGCAUAAUAUUUUCAGCACGAGUUCUCCCGUUAACGUCGACGAAGACGUACCAGCGAGAGUGGUUAUGUGGUGCUCAUUAGGGAAGAAAACGAAUGCGCUACGCUUCAAACGAAAACGGUUAAAACGUUCUUCAGAUACGCGGCCGGAGCUGGUAUACACAUUCAUCGAGCAGGCGGUGCAACCCGGGGCGCAGGUGGCCCUCAAAUGCUCCGCGGUGGGGGACCCGCCCCCAAGGUUCCGCUGGACGCUGGAUGGUCAACCCAUUCCAUCGCAUCACGGGUGA